UUGUAUGUUUAUUUAUUUGUUUGUCUGUCUGGCUUUUCAAAAUGAUAAUGAUGAACCAGAUGUAUCGAUUCAUCCAUAUUGAGCUAAUUAAUGGUAUAUGGCAUUUUUACAGUACAAUAAUGUCACAAGGCGGUGGCACACCAUCAACGAGCAAUCCAACCGUUUUGCAUGGCGGCAAGGUCUUCAUACAACGGGACUAUAGCGAUGGCACCUCGGUGAAGUUCCAUACAAGGCUACCACCAGAGCUGGAAGGAAUGAUUGAACGGCAUGUUUUCGAAGCGACAAUUAAGAGGCUUAACGAAUUUUAUGCCGAGGCAGAGGAGGGCUCGUGCAGUACCUACUGCGAGGGCUGCAUAGGUUGUAUAACAGCGUAUUUGAUAUACAUGUGCUCCGAGACACAUUACGAAAAGACGCUGCGAAAGAUUUCCAAAUUUGUUGCUUUCCAAAAUGAACGCAUUUACAAUCCAAAAGGUCUGCAGUUAAUCGAUCCAACAUUUCGUGGUCUUCGCGUUAUAGAGAUAACUAUAUUUGAUCGUCCGGGGCGAACGUGACUUCCGCUUUCGCAUUCAGCCAAUGAGUUUUUCAUGUGAGGUGUCUGCGAUACCAACAAUCAAAAUCUGUAUCAACAAAAUAACAACAAACCGCAACAAGUCAAAAGCCAUUUCGUGUGUUCCCCUCUCAAAGCUUUAUAAACAUUAAAAACAAGUGCAAGAAUGCGAGCCAGAGUGCAUGCUCAAACGGAUCGAUACAAAGAUGUGACCUCUCCAAGGAUCGGAGCAACUUCAUUUUUAUUUGUGGAGCACGUGAAUUAGUCAUAAGUGAGAGCUGUAUUGAUGAUGACGAUUAUGUCGAAGUCAAAUAAGCGAUAUGUUUAACAGUUUGUGUAGUUGUUAGCCAAGGCAGAGUUUAACCUUAACGUGUUAGUUAGUACGAGUAUUUAUGCGUGUGCAAGCAGCGCGUUGCUAGUUGAUUAAGUGAAAAGCUACUGAAACUGCAUUUGAGCUAAAAAACAUAGUUACAUACAUUUACUUAUACAAGCAAACAAGAACACACACACACA